AUGACCACUAGACUUCACUGGCUCACAAGAGCUCUAUGCCUGAUAAGCAUACUGUGCACUGUCACUUCCACAUAUGUGACAGAAGAUUAUUCAUCCCCCGCUGAGAAAGAAGUCACCUUCAGCCACGUCUAUAAGAUUGACCUGGCCAAGAGCCCUGAGUGUAAACUCGCCUUGCAGACCCCCCCUUCCCAACAGGACCAGUUUUCAGGCCUGCAAGAGCUGGAAGGGGGCGCUACUCUGGAGGGGGAAAACAACAUAGUUUUCAGGCACCAAAUCAACCUCAAGACCCCAAAGUGUGACUGUGAUGAGUCGGAGAGCUUUACGUCUCUGCUGUACAGAGUCAACGGGCUGGAGGAGGAGGUGGAACACCUGAAGAGUCAGUGCUCCCAGGGCUGCUGUGGUGGAGCAGGAGGUGUGGACACUAGCUGUAGUGGCCACGGGACCUACCAGCACAACACCUGCAGUUGUCAAUGCAACCCUAGCUGGGAGGGUCCAGACUGCUCCAUUUCCACCUGUCCUGAUGAGUGCAACGACAACGGCCGCUGUGUGGAUGGCAAGUGUGUCUGCCACGCUGGCUACACGGGGAGUGACUGCAGCCAGCUGAUGUGCCCAGGGGCCUGCAACGAUAAGGGACACUGCGUGGACGGCAAGUGUGUUUGCUUCAGCCACUUCACUGGCGAGGACUGCAGCGAACAGAAAUGCGAUCCUGACUGCAUCCACGGCACCUGCGUGAACGGAAUGUGUAUCUGUGACGAAGGCUUCUUUGGUGAAGACUGCUCUACAGUGUUGGGCCCUAACGGCCUGCGUCUGGUAAGGGUGACUGAUAAUUCUCUGCUGGUGGAAUGGGAGGCUGUGAAAGCAGCAGAGUACUACAUCCUGACCUGGCACCCUGAGGGCAAUGAGGCAGAGCUGGAGCGGGUCACCGUGCCCAACACAGAGACCUCCUACCUGAUCACAGGACUCAGCCCAGGUGUCACCUACAUAGUGCAGGUGUACGCUGUCAUCAAGGAGAUCCAGAGCGAGGGGGACAGGAUAGAGGCGACCACAGAUGUGUCUGGUAUUGAUGGUAUCCGGGUAUUGGGCCAGACUGAGGACUCUAUCCAGGUGGACUGGCAGAACCCUGCAGCACCUCUAGACCACUUCAGACUGACCUAUGCUAACCCUGACGGGCAGGAGGAGGAGCAGAACGUACCAAUGAGUGCAGAGGCCAGGACCACCCAAACCAUCGUAGGACUGCAACCUGGCACUGAGUACCUCAUCAGAGUGCAAGGCAUCAAAGGGACCAUCGAAGGGAAAGCCGCCUUCGCCACCGGGGUCACAGAUCUUGACGGUCCUACUAACCUCUUGACCAAAGAAGUGACAGAGGAUACCGCUACCGUGGAAUGGCAGAAGGUACAAGCAGAGAUCGACGGCUACAUGAUCAGCUACAGCUCUGCUGAGGGCUCCAGUGGGGAGAUCCCUGUUGGGGCAGACAGCACCUCCUACAGGCUGACUGGGCUGAGGCCUGGAGUCCUCUACACAGUCUACAUUUGGGCUGUCAAGGGCUCCCGGGUCAGCAGGAAGAGCUCCACAGAAGCUGAGACAGAACUAGAUUUUCCUACUAACCUGUUGACCAGAGAAGUGACAGAAGACACAGUGACAGUAACAUGGGAUAAAGUCCAGGCUGAAAUCGACGGCUACAUGAUCAGCUACAGCUCUGCUGAGGGCUCCAGUGGGGAGAUCCCUGUUGGGGCAGACAGCACCUCCUACAGGCUGACUGGGCUGAGGCCUGGAGUCCUCUACACAGUCUACAUCUUGGCUGUCAAGGGCUCCCGGGUCAGCAGGAAGAGCUUCGUUGACGCUGAGACAGAUCUGGAUGCUCCUACUAACCUCUUUACCAGAGAAGUGACAGAGGACACAGCUGAUGUGUCGUGGGACAGACCUUUAGCGGACAUUGAUGGCUACCUGAUCAGCUACAGCUCUGCUGAGGGCUCCAGUGGGGAGAUCCCUGUUGGGGCAGACAGCACCUCCUACAGGCUGACUGGGCUGAGGCCUGGAGUCCUCUACACAGUCUACAUCUGGGCUGUCAAGGGCUCCCGGGUCAGCAGGAAGAGCUCCACACCAGCUGAGACAGAAAUUGACACACCAAAAAACCUGAAAGCAUCGGAUGUUAAACUGAAUGUAGCUACCCUGACCUGGACUGCUCCCUUAGCCAGAAUUGAUGGCUACAUCCUCACAUUGAGAGCUGAGGAUGGCAGUUUGAAGAAUCUGAGGGCAGGAGAGAGCAGCUUUGCCAUGUCGGGCCUGGAGAAAGGAAAGAACUACAUUGUUACCCUCCUUGCUUACAGAGGACCAAAAAGGAGCAGAGUGAUAGAGAUCACAUUUAAAACAGUGGGUGUGUUGUACCCAUUCCCCAUGGACUGUACUCAGAUUAAGAAGAAUGGUAACGUGGCAAGUGGAAUCUACACCGUUUACGUCAACAGUGAACGUACCAAGCCCAUGGAGGUGUACUGUGACAUGGACACUGAUGGCGGUGGAUGGGUGGUGUUCCAGAGACGCAACAAUGGACAGAUGGACUUCAUGAAGCGCUGGAGACAGUACAUGGCUGGUUUUGGGAACAUGACUGAUGAAUUUUGGCUUGGUCUGGACAAUAUCUAUGAGCUGACCAAUACUCCCACUCAGUACGAGCUGCGAGUGGACCUUGGUGUGGGUUCAGAGAAGGCCUAUGCUGUCUAUGACAACUUCAAGAUAGCCCCGGCUAAGCAGAAGUUCAAGCUGACCAUCGGUGAAUACAGUGGAACAGCAGGCGAUGCCAUGAACUACCAUCAAGGUCGUCCCUUCUCCACGGUUGACAAUGACAAUGACAUUGCUCUUGGUAACUGUGCCCUGACACAUCGUGGUGCAUGGUGGUACAAAAACUGUCACCUUGCCAACCUCAACGGCAAAUUCGGAGACAACAGACACAGCAUGGGUGUGAACUGGGAGCCAUGGAAGGGUCACCUGAUGUCUCUUGAUUUCACUGAGAUGAAGAUUCGGCCUGUUGGCACUACCAGGAAGAGGAGGUCGCUUAGCAGCAGAACAGCUCCCAGAAAAUAGUCCCUCUGAUGAACUAAAGCAGUCAAUGGGAACCUCAUUACAAACCAGGCAAAGUAGCUAGAACCUCAU